AUGGUUCUUGCCCAGCCAGAAAACAAACACGUUCUCAAAGCCUUUGACCUAACGGGCAAAGUCGCCGCCAUUACAGGCAAAGAUGUCGCUCUAAUCUAUAACUCCUCGACCAAUGCAUCCUCGAUAGCCAACGACAUCGCAGCCAAGAACAACGUCCGAGCAGCCGCAUACCAAGCCGACGUUGCAAGCCAACCGGAUAUCGAGCGCGUCAUCCAACAAAUCGCCUCCGACUUCGGAAAACUGGACAUCAUCGUCGUCAACUCGGGUAUUCCGUGCAGUGUGCCGGCGGAGGAAUGCACAGUUGAACAGUGGCACAAUGUCAUGAAGGUGAAUCUCGAUGGGGCAUUUUAUACCGCUCAGGCAGCCGCUCGGAUCUUCAAGACUCAAGGACAUGGAAACGUGAUUUUCACAGCGUCAGUUAGCGCUACGUUGGUCAAUGUGCCACAGAAACAAGCUGCUUAUAAUGCCUCUAAAGCCGGUGUCGUUCGAUUGGCCAAAUGUCUCUCUGUUGAAUGGGUGGACUUUUGCCGAGUCAACUGCAUUUCGCCAGGUUAUAUCGCAACAGAAAUUUUGGAUGGCUUUCCACAGGACUGGAAAGAUAAAUGGUUUGACCUGAUUCCCGCAAAGCGGAUGGCGGCCACAUAUGAGCUGAAAGGGGUAGGUCUGUGA